AUGGGGGAGGCAAAGAGAGGGGAUAUUUUCAGAGCCAGCCAAGUGACGAGUGUGAGGGAAGCCGUGCUUAGACAGAGUUACCACUCCUCCAUAUCACAAAAACACAUGAUGCUGCAUUAUCUCCUGUUCUGGGCAGGUCUCUUUCUGUUGUUUACAAAUGGUGAAAGAGGGUUUCAUGGGAAUCAAUAUGGAGAAUGGAAUGAUUCUCAACUGCAGCCCACCAUACAGAAGUUAAUGAAAGGCUACAACCGCUACUUAAGGCCAAACUUUAACGAGGGCCCAGUUAAAAUUGGAAUGAGUUUGGACAUUGCCAGCAUUGAUGCAAUCUCUGAAAUCAACAUGGACUACACAGCCACCAUUUUUCUAAGACAACGAUGGCAAGAUUCACGGCUGGUAUUCCCUGGAAAUGAAAGUCUAAGUCUAGAUGGACGUCUGGUUUCCCUGCUGUGGAUUCCUGAUACGUUCAUCCCUGAUUCUAAACGUUCCUUCCUCCAUGAUGUCACAGUGGAGAACAGACUGAUCCGUAUCUUCAGCAAUGGAACUGUGCUUUACGCUCUGCGCAUAACAGCAACUAUCGCCUGCAACAUGGACCUCACCAAAUAUCCAAUGGAUAGACAAGAAUGUACUUUGCAACUAGAAAGCUGGGGCUAUAAUUUACAGGAUGUAGUGUUUUAUUGGACUCGAGGGAAUGACUCAGUAAAGGGGUUAGAUACACUACGUCUCGCCCAGUACAGUGUAGAGAGCUACUACACAACUGUAUCUGAGGCAGCAUAUGAAACAGGUUUUUACCCAAAGCUAGUGCUGCACUUUGCUUUGCGCAGAAAUGUCCUCUUCUUCAUUCUGGAGACAUAUGUGCCCUCAACCCUGCUGGUCGUUCUGUCAUGGGUGUCUUUCUGGAUCAGUCAGUCAUCUGUACCAGCUCGCACCUGCAUUGGAGUGACUACUGUUCUAACAAUGACCACACUGAUGAUGGGUGCCAGGACCUCACUACCCAAUGCCAACUGCUUCAUUAAGGCCAUUGAUGUCUACCUCGGUAUCUGUUUCACCUUCAUCUUUGGAGCUCUGCUGGAAUAUGCCUGUGCUCAUUUCUGCACAAUGCAGCACCAGACUAUUUCAGAUGUACAAAGGGAACUCCUGAAAGAAUUUGAAGAGUCAAAUGGUACAACUCAUUUGGUCAAUUCACCCAAAAAGAUGCAGACAAAAGGCACCAGCCAGCAAGAGACGACUGUCCAGUCUGUGACUUGUGAAGGAGAUUGUGAAGGAGAGUCAAAGCAUGAGAAGGGGUGCGGUUUGUCCUCUGUAAAGCAAAUAUCACGCAGAGCUGCAUCCAUGAUGAGUGUUGAGAAUCCUCACAACAUCGACAGACACGCGCGCACACUGUUCCCCAUGGCAUUUCUCCUCGUCAACAUCCUCUACUGGCUGUACUACCUUAUAUUCUAA